CUGCCAACCCGAUUUAGUUAUUACCAAACAGCCGGGGCUCGGGUGAAAUUAUUUAUCAAUUUGUGUUGCGAAAACCAUUUCAAGUUAACUAUUCAAUUUACGGUGGCCCCCGCGCUCCCCCGAGCUUACAUGAAUGUCGUGCAAUAAACAGUUUAAUUAAUCAAAAUGAAAUUGCUGACAAACGCACAGAAACUGCUGCUGCUGCUACGCCGCCAAAGAUCGUCAAAAACAACAACAGUUCAAGCACAUGAUCCCUCAGCGGGAGGGCAACCGGCUCUAACCAGUGCCCAACUGGAUGAGCUGGAAAGGAAUGUGGAGCUGCGCCAUCACAGAAACAACGUGCCCCUCAUCCGCAAGCUGAUCGAAGCCUCUGUGCGCGGAGAUCGGAGCGUUGAGCAACAGUUGGAGGAGGAGCUGGGGCAGUUGCCCAAUGCCACACAUCCGCGUCUGCUGGACUACGGGGAUCAGCCGCGGGAGCUGGCUCAGCACGUACAGCGGGAGAUGCCUCUCAAGCCCAAGGAGUUUUCGGAGUUGGCUCGUGCUCUAAACCUGUAUCGCAUGGAUCACCUGGGAAACUAUACGGGUCACAAGAGCUACUACUUGACGGGACACUUGGCCACGUUGGAGCAGGCCAUAAUACAGUAUGCCCUGCAGUCGGUCACAAAGCAUGGCUUCAAGCUAAUCUCUGUGCCGGACAUACUGCCCAAGGAGGUCAUUGAGUCGUGUGGAAUGCGCACCGAAGGUGAACGCACCCAGGUCUACAAGUUGGACACUGGCGAAUGUCUCUCCGGGACAUCGGAAAUGGCACUUGCCGGAUUCUUUGCCAAUAAGGUGCUGCCAGAGGAAGAGCUCCCGCUGAAGGUAACCGCUGUGAGUCGCUGCUACCGGGCCGAGACAUCCGGGCUGCAGGAGGAAAAGGGCAUUUACCGGGUACAUCAGUUUACCAAGGUGGAGAUGUUCGCCAUCUGUACUCCGGCUCAGUCCGAGGCCGAGCUGGAGGAGUUCAAGAACAUUGAGGUGGACCUGUUCAAGCAGCUGGGCAUUAAUUUUCGACUGCUCGACAUGCCGCCCUGUGAGUUGGGGGCGCCGGCAUACCAGAAGUACGAUAUAGAAGCGUGGAUGCCUGGUCGCCAGAUGUGGGGUGAAAUUUCAAGCUGCAGCAACUGCACAGACUAUCAGGCUAAGAGGCUGGCUGUAAAAUACCGCCGCGCCAGCGAUGGACAAGUCCAGCAUGCUCACACCAUCAACGGGACGGCGACAGCCAUACCACGUCUGCUGAUUGCCCUGCUUGAGUCGUACCAGAAGGGGGACUCCGUUGAGAUACCCACAGUCUUGAGGCCUUUUAUGGAUGGACAAGAGUUUAUCGCCAGAAGCAAAAGAAUACCCGAAACGAAGCUGGUGAAGUUCAUUAAGGCGGCCUAAUCUUUACACAUUCUUUUUGUGGUAAAUAUUCGAUUUUAAACACUAUGCUAGGGCAUGGCUACUGAAGUGUUCGCCUAAGGACUGUCUGGAAGAUGCAAAUGAUAACUCUUGGUAUCACGAUUGCUGGAAUUAUUUACCCUUCGACGCCGCCGAAAUAUUUCAUUUUAAAUGUUAGUUGCUUGGCCGUAAUGUAUUCCCAACCGGAAUGGAAUGGUUGUUUGUUCAGAUGAAUUGUUUAUCAGCGCACACACAAAUCCUGUAAGAAAAAAAUAAACACAAUUAAGCCAUAAAUAAUUGCACGAUUAAUGCCACCGCCAACCAAACACAAAAAAAGAACAGCAACAUAUCAACAGGCUGUUAAUUAUACAGAACCCAAUCUUAUCGAGCUUCAUAAUCAUAAUAAAUCCAAAACACUUGCAAAAUCAACCCCAACCCCAGUCCGACAAAGAAUCCGCUGACGGAUGAAAAGCGUAAACUUUAAUCGAAAUGGACAACAGCGGUCACCUCCACCACACUCCACUCCACUCCAGGCUGUAGUUGCAUGCUCAUAAAGAAUGCCAAAUAUUUUCUGUCGACCACUGUCUAUUAAAAUUCCACACAAAGCA